GAGGCGGCGCGGUUCCCGGAGCGAUCCUUUUUCGCGGGCCGGGAGGAUCCGACGUCGAAGCCUGGCAAAGGACUACCGAACCUCCCGAGGAGAGCGGCCGAGGUCUGACGGGGAGCUCGCGCGAUCCGCCCCGCUUUUGCGUCCUCAGAGCGAGCCUGGAAGCGACCGCCAACUCGGGCAGCGGCGCCCUUCCCAGAGCAGCCCCACUUGGGCUGUUGAGCGCCGGGAAAGCAAAAAGGCGCCUUCCUCUUUCGCCGGGUUCCUGGUUAGGAGAGAUCUCCGAGAGAGAGAGAGAGAGGGAGAGAGAUGCCUCUUGGCUUUGAAUCUUCUUCUCCCACUCCGGACCUUCUUGGGGGCAGAAGUCCGGCGAUUCCCGACCGUCCAUCAUCAUCGGUCCUUGGAAGAUUCUCCGUCUUGCCUUGUGCCGCGUGACGUUUUUCGGAAGGCGAGAGGAAGCCAACUCCCAGCCCUCAGUAGCUCGGCAUUUUGACACGUGUGGGUGUUUGUUUGGCACUUUUUUUGAGUUCCUCCCAUCCCCACCGCCGCCACCCUCCGUCUCCUUCGUCGUUCGCGAAGAGGCCUUGCUUUGCUCCUCCUUUUUCUUUGGCUGCAGCUCAGGGAGGAGACCUUAAAAAAAUAUAUAUCUCCCUUUUGUGCAGGGACACACGCAAACCCUCGCAGGCGCAGCAGCAAGAACGCGGGUACGUCCACAGUGGCAGAAAUAACCAACCGCACACCUUGGUGGGGGGCAGCAAGACAGAGAAAGCUGAUCCUAGAGCCCAGGUCCCAAACCUGAGCUACAGAUGAAUCCAGCGCCUGGGUGUGAGAUGAAUGGAUACAGAAGACUGAGGAAGGGGCAUAACUGAGCUGGACCUCUCGGCUGAAAAGAAAACCCGGGUUUCUUCUGAAAAGAUGGUGGCUUUAUUUGGGCUGGGUUGCUGCUGAAGAGGCUUUAUUUCCCCCUUUGUCAAGCUCUCCAUCUCAAAGUGGCAGCCAGGAAGAGACUGUAAGAAGGAAGACUCUUGGCAGAGUUGGUUCCCAUCUUUGUCAUUCCCUCUCUGUGUGGGAGAAAGCUGAAUCUGGCACAUAAGCUUAAGACAACAUUUCAAUGGGGCCUGAUCCAAAGAUUUCAACCAACCUACUUCUGCAGACACCACUGAGAAAACUGUCAGGGGCUGUCAUGUGUUGGGAAGAUGACAACUUGAAAAUUGAUACUGGAAGAAGCCACUGAAUACCUGCUUCUAAAGCUUCCAUGCCUUCUGGGUUACUGGGAGCUGAACUGUCGCUGAGGUAACUUUUGCCUUCUAGGCAGAUUCUCUUCACAAAGUAUCUAAGGAUUGGGUAGUGGAAGCCAGCAGGAUGCCUCGGAAUAGGGCAUUCUCGGAGCCUGAAUACUCAGUAGAGUAUUCGGCAGACUAUUCAGUCAGCUUGCCUUCUGACCCUGAGCAUGGGGUUGGCCGGACCCAUGAGGUGACGGUGAGGAACUCAGGUUCUUGCCUCUGUCUGCCCCGUUUUAUGCGACUCACGUUUGCUCCUGAGUCCCUGGAAAACCUCUACCAGACCUACUUCCGGAGGCAGCGUCAUGAGACUUUGCUGGUCCUGGUGGUCUUUGCAGCCCUCUUUGAUUGCUACGUUAUCAUCAUGUGCACAGUGGUGUACACGUCAGAGAAGCUGGCACCAACUGUGGCAGCAUCAGUUGGCCUGGCUGCCCAGAUCCUCCUCUUUAUCCUAUGCAAGUAUCAACUCCUGCCUGAUCGUGUCACCCGGAAAUUCAUGCCAUACAUUCUGUGGAUACUGAUAGCUGCUCAGAUAUUCUGCUACUUGGGCUUGAAUUUUGCCUGCAACCACGAGGCCAGUGACACAGUUGGAUGGCAGGCCUUUUUCGUCUUCUCCUUCUUCAUCACCCUGCCCUUGCAUCUCAUGCCCAUUGUUCUUAUCUCAGCCAUUUCUUGUGGCAUCCACACGCUUGUGUUAGGAGUCACCAUUGCACAGCAGAAGCAGCAGCAGCUGGAGUCCAUCUAUGGAAUCACCUUGCUGUGGCAGAUCUUAUCCAAUGUUGCCAUCUAUCUGUGCACCAUCUGUGUGGGUAUCAUGUCUUACUACAUGGCAGACCGCAAGCACCGGAAAGCCUUCCUAGAAGCUCGGCAAUCUCUGGAAGUCAAGCUCAAUCUUGAGGAACAAAGUCAGCAGCAGGAAAGUUUGAUGCUUUCAAUUUUGCCCAGACAUGUAGCAGAUGAAAUGCUGAAGGAUAUGAAGAAAGAUGCAAGCCAAAAAGAAUUGCAGCAGUUCAAUACCAUGUAUAUGUACCGCCAUGAAAAUGUCAGUGUCCUUUUUGCUGACAUCGUAGGUUUCACGCAGCUGUCAUCCACAUGCAGUGCCCAAGAAUUGGUGAAACUUUUGAACGAACUCUUUGCUCGAUUUGAUAAACUAGCAGCUAAAUACCAUCAACUGCGUAUCAAGAUUCUGGGUGACUGCUACUACUGUAUCUGUGGAUUGCCAGAUUACCGUGAGGACCAUGCUGUUUGCUCAAUCAUGAUGGGUCUUGCUAUGGUGGAAGCUAUUUCCUAUGUACGAGAGAAGACCAAAACCGAUGUGGACAUGCGUGUGGGAGUGCACAGCGGCGCUGUCCUUGGUGGAGUCCUAGGGCAGAAACGUUGGCAGUAUGAUGUAUGGUCUACGGAUGUAACUGUAGCCAACAAGAUGGAAGCAGGAGGCAUCCCUGGGCGUGUACACAUUUCUCAGAGUACCAUGAACUGCUUAAAAGGAGAAUUUGAGGUGGAACCAGGAGAUGGUGGUUCACGGUGUGAAUAUCUAAAGGAAAAGGGGAUUACCACCUACCUCAUAAUAACCCCGAAGCAGGCACUCAAGAAUGGGAUCAAUGGGGUGAAGUUAUCCGUCUCAUCCUCCCAUGGGAACUCACCUCAAUUGAUCAACACCAAAGAAUGCAAUGGGAGCAUUAAUACAACCUGCACAACCCCAGAUGAGGCAGAAGAAUCGGACACUAGGGUAGUGAAUCCUUCCUUUCCCAACCCUCGAAGGCGUCUUCGCUUACGGGACUUAGCAGAGAGAGUGGUGGAUGCUUCAGAAAAUGAGCAGGAACUCAAUAAAUUGCUUAAUGAGGCCUUGCUGGAGAGAGAAUCUGUCCAGGCGCUAAAAGGCAAGUCUACCUAUCGCCUAACCAUGCGUUUCAUUGAUCCUGAGAUGGAGACACGUUACUCUGUGGAAAAAGAGAAGCAGAGUGGGGCUGCCUUCAGCUGUUCAUGUGUGGUCCUCUUCUUUACUGCUGUGGUGGAGAUCUUCAUUGAUCCACGGCUGGUAGCAAAUUAUGUGACAUUUGUUGUUGGUGAAAUCCUUCUGCUGAUCUUGACUCUGUGUUCACUUGCUGCCAUCUUUCCCAGGGUUUUCCCUAAAAAGCUUGUGUCUUUUUCCACAUGGAUUGACAGAACCCGUUGGGCCAGGAACACCUGGGCCAUGUCUGCCAUUUUCAUCCUAACCAUGGCUGACAUUGUAGAUAUGCUCAGCUGCCAGCAGUAUUACACCACUGUCAAUGGUACAGUUCCAGCACUGCUUCCGAGUGGUUGUGUGGAGAAUCCCAAAUACUACAGCUACAUAGCAGUGUUGGCACUGAUUGCAACUAUAAUGCUGGUGCAAGUCAGCCACAUGGUCAAACUCACUCUGAUGGUGACAAUCACAGGGGCAGUGGGAGUGGUCAACAUUCUGGCCUGGCAACAGAUCUUUGACGAAUAUGAUCAGGAGCGAUUCCAGGAGAACAUGAUCUCACUAGUUCCAUCAAAAUAUUCCAUGACAGUGAUGAUCUUGGUCAUGAUGCUCAGUUUCUACUAUUUCUCACGCCAUGUAGAAAAGUUGGCUAGGGUUUUAUUCUUAUGGAAGAUUGAUGUUCAUAACCAGAAGGAGCGUGUGUAUGAGAUGCGGCGGUGGAAUGAGGCUCUUGUCACCAACAUGCUGCCAGAGCAUGUGGCACGCCAUUUUCUUGGCUCCAAGAAACGAGAUGAGGAGCUGUAUAGUCAGUCUUAUGAUGAAAUUGGUGUUAUGUUUGCCUCUAUCCCCAACUUUGCCGACUUCUAUACAGAGGAAAGUAUAAAUAAUGGUGGGAUUGAGUGCCUUCGCUUCCUCAAUGAAAUAAUCUCAGAUUUUGAUGCGCUCCUGGAUGAUCCCCAGUUCCGAUGCAUCACUAAAAUCAAAACCAUUGGCAGUACAUACAUGGCAGCUUCUGGUGUGACACCUGAUGUCAACAGCAAUGGUUACAACACUGUUAAGAAGGAAGAUCUUUCAGAAAAGGAGCGUUGGCAACAUUUGGCAGAUCUUGCAGACUUUGCCUUAGCCAUGAAAGAGACCUUGAUGAACAUUAACUAUCAGUCCUUCAAUAACUUCAUGCUGCGAAUAGGCAUGAAUAAAGGAGCAGUGCUAGCAGGGGUGAUUGGUGCCCGUAAACCUCACUAUGAUAUUUGGGGGAACACGGUGAAUGUGGCAAGCCGGAUGGAGUCCACAGGUGUCAUGGGAAAUAUACAGGUGGUGGAGGAAACUCACUUUAUCCUGAAAGAGUAUGGCUUCCGCUUUGUGCGUCGAGGGCACAUUUUUGUCAAAGGCAAAGGUGACUUGCUGACAUAUUUUAUGAAAGGACGUGAGAAGCAAGAUUCCUUUAUCAAUGGUUCAUGUGUGACUUUGCCUCAUCAGGUGGUUGACAGUUCUUGAAAUUCUCACCCUACAUGCAGAUAGCAGAAAAAAAGCAGGUACCUCUGUAAUGCCCAAAGACAAACUGCUUUCAGCACUUGCUGCUCUGGAUGGGAGAUUGAUAUAAACACCACUGAUAGAUUUACAGGAAAUCACCCCUUUGCUUGUUCCUUUCUUCUUGAACAUUUAUUAUUUGUAAAGGGGCUCCCUGGCCAUCAGUUUGCAUUUGUCUCUUGAUAUAGAAAGGGCAGUAGAAAGGAGGCUUUGAUAGGAAGAGCUCUGCCUUUUGCACAAACACGUGGCUUCUUGCACAUUCAAGCCUGGAGGUAGUAGAAUUCUCACUGCAGCCUUGCUUGGCUAGAUCACUUUGAUUGCAUUCUCUUUUUAGUUCAAAUGUGCAGUGGUUUUGAUUUUCCAUUGAUCCAAGCUCUGCAUAAACUUCUCUGUAAAAAUAAAUGCAAGUUCAGAGUGGGUACGACAAAUGGGCAGAUGAACUGGGAACACGGCAUAAAGUUCACACCUGGCCCACUUGGUUCAAAUGGAGUUAAUAAUUGUCUCAAAACAGGCACAUAGCAGAAAGGAAAAAAAGAACAUGUGGAAUCUUUCCUUUCACUGUGAUAAGAUGCUCUAUUUUGGAGAGGGAAAGGGAAAGAGAUCAUUCAAGUAUAUGGAUGGUAAUAUAAAUAUAUAUAUAUAUAUGAUAAUAUAUAUGAGAACAGAUAUCUUUAUAUUUUUAAUGCAUCUUAAUUGUGAAAGUAAGGUGCCUCUUUCAGGUGGUGCCUUCCUUCUUUUUCUGCCCUCAUCUUUGCUGAUGCUUUAAAAGGAAGAGAUUUAUACAGCCUGAACCGAGGCUGUUUUAUUAAAAGCCUUCAUCUGAUCGUUAUGUUGAAAUAAAAAUUAUGUAAUUUGUUUAGUUUCUCAAAUAGAUUCAGUUUG